AUGACAGUUUAUGUUGGAAAUCUGGCCAGAGGCACAUCAAAGUAUGACUUGGAGGAUGUCUUUCGCAAGUAUGGUCCAAUGAAGAAUGUUUGGGUCGCCAGGAGCCCACCAGGGUUUGCUUUUGUCCAGUUUGAAGACCCACGUGAUGCUGAAGAUGCUGUUCGUGGUUUGGAUGGCAUGCGCCUUAGAGGGAACCGGAUUCGUGUGGAAAUGUCACAUGGUCGUAGGCGGGGAGACUCUCCUGCUUCCCGCCGGGACAGAUAUGACAGCCCAUAUCGAGGAGCCAGGAAGAGGUCCAGUCCUAUUGGUGAUCUAUGUCAAACUUUGGAAGGAGGGGAGGAUUUUUCCCUCAUCAAGUGGAAAUGGAUCAGGGAAGCCCUGGACUCGAUCCCCACGACGCUCUCCCUCUUAUGGGCCAAUGAGAUCUCGAUCUCGAUCUCCACGAAUGAAGAGGUCAUCACGUUCACUCAGCCGUUCGCCAAGGCGAUCUCCCUCCUAUGGCAACAGGUCUCAUUCCAGAUCACCACGUCUCAACAGGUCUCGUUCCAGAUCCCCACGCCCAAGGAUGAAAUAUGA